UCUUUUCUCUCUUUCAGUGCACUAGCUAGCCGUUGUUAUAAAACUCUUAGAGAAGAGUGGAAAAGAAAUAUAUUCAACUUAAGAAAAAAAUAUAUACAUCCAAGCCAUGAAGAGCUGUGUUUGUUUUGUUGUAUUAGUCAUUUCUCUCCUUCUUCUUCCUGCUCUCAUUUCUUCAAGGCAUAUUGGCAGGUCACGAACACAUCAUGGACAUCACCAUUCUUCUGCACAAGCAAAGGCAAGAGAAGUAGUAGUAGCAAAUCCUAAUAAUUACUACAGGGAAAGGAGGCCAGCAAAGAGAAGAGGAGGUGACACAGUCGAAAUAGCAGGAUCAAGUUUGCCUGAUUGUUCCCAUGCAUGUGGCUCAUGCUCGCCAUGUAGGCUAGUAAUGGUUAGCUUUGUUUGUUCAUCACUUGAAGAGGCUGAGACUUGUCCUAUGGCUUAUAAAUGCAUGUGCAGAAACAAAUCUUAUCCUGUACCAUGAUCAUUUUGUAUCUUUUUCUUAAUUACUUUUCAUGUCUUUUUAAUUAAUAGGCUUAUUGUAACUAGUAGGUUAGGCCUAGGAGUUCUUGUCUUCUUUGAAAAAGAUUUUUUUUUUUUUUCUUGACAAAUUUACCUUGUACUUUAAGCUUGCCUUUCUUUGUGCAAUCAGAGAGUUUUUGUUAUUAUUA